AUGCCAGAAGGGUACUUGUCAACUCCGGAUAAAGAAAGGAUCGUCGAGGGAAGGAAGGAAGGAAUGCCAAGGCAAGACGUUGCUCGCCUCUUAGGAUGUACGCCCAAAACAGUUUCUCUUGUUAUGGCAAAAAUGAAUGCAUCUGGAAAUGUGGACAGAUGUAGGAAAAAGGGACGACCGAGGUUUACAACAAAGAAUGAAGACCGAUUCCUUACGGGAGCUUUCAAGAAGGAUCCGAAUUUGACGUUGAACAGCCAUUCAUGGAGCCAUUCUUUUCAAGCAAAUUCAAACAAGAAUAUUUCCCGCUUGCACCUUGCAUCGACGCUUGCUUCAAGCAGCAUUGUAUAC